AUGGGUCUCAAUACAAGGAAGAGGGACAGGGUGGUUGCUAUCGGUGCGGCGAAGAAUUGUAUCACGAUUGGGGCCAGUGAAAGCACCCGACAGACUGCAUCUACUUAUCAUGAUGCGUGGCCUCUCAACUAUCCCCAGCCUCCGAUCCGGAAUGACAGCAUCAGCGGUAAUCUCGAUGAUCAGGGCGAACGAGAACCGAGUGCUGCACUCGUCAAGGCACUCUUGAUCAACGGUACAGCUGAGCUCAUUGGCCAAUACAAUCCUCCCAAGUCAGGCCCAUCACCGAAUCCUAAUUCCGGCUGGGAUCGUGCCGACUUGGCCCACUCGGUGAUAUUCAUGAAUCAGCAGAAUGCCGGUUACGCCCAGGUAAAUCAGGAGGAACGACAUGGCAAUACGGGACUUAGCCAAGGGUUCGACCGUGUUAACAAUUUUGAGCAAGUGUACUGGCUUAAUGUCCAUUCAGGAGAGGCCAAGGUGAGGGUUCAAGCUGAUCGUAUCACCAAAUAUGCUCAGAAAUAUGCCUGUGUCUGGCGUGUCAUAACCCUUCUGGAAAGUCCAAGCAUGCCAAGAGAAGCUCUACUCAAGAUGUGGGCAGAGAGGGCACAGCUCAAGAAUACGGCGAAAGAGUACGUCAAUAGGUUCUCCUUCUACACCGACAAGGUCAAAGACAGCAUCGCCCAGUUCAAGUACGACAACAGGCAUAACAAGGCAGCCAUCAACUGGGAUGAGAAGUUAGCAAAGGAGAUCGAGAAUCUGAAGAAUUCACUCGAUCACCAGUGUCUCCAAGACUUCCGCCUAGAGUGGCAGCGGCAGACGUACGGUCUCGACAUGGACGAGAAGACUGAACGUCUCGUCCAGCCGAGAGUGGACGAGAUGGACGCCAAAUUUGUUGAAUACAUGAAUAAGACGGUGGAUGGGUUGAAGAAGAAACGAAAGGAGGGGUUUUCGGGGGAAUGGGAUCUUACCGAUUGGCAAUAUGAGUAUCAGCGCUAUAUGGAUGAUCUGGUUGAGUAUGUUGCAGACAUGAACGACGAUAUCAACGACGACCACUCUGGAUCUGAGUCUGAGUGA